AUGUACGAUUGCAACGAGCUUUUCGACGAUAUGGACGCGAAGCUUCAGGGCCCUGUUGCCAAUGGUGGAGUCAAUAUACACUGGGAGAAUAAUACGAUGGACUCCUCCCAGAAUGACACACACCUGGCUGUUGAUGACGGACAAUCAGACGGCAGUGAAGGCAGCUUCGACGAGACAGACUAUGACGGCUCCCCGGGCGGAACGCAGGUGAUUCAGUCUGUGGAAGAUGAUAUACACUCUGGCGUGCCUUUUGGUGAGGGUUUGAAACGGCUGGAGGAGGAAGCAGCGCCGCAUCAUCCUCCUACCGAUUACGCUACGUCGUUCUCCAGUGGCAGUGCCAAUCCUCCACGCGGGCUGUUUACUCAAACCUCAGCGAGCUUUCCAGUCUACGAGGGAAACCAAUGCUUCACAACUACACGGGAUCACAGUGGCCAUAUUGCAGUUCACCCUGUCUAUCCUCACAGUCCUGCAUUUGCAGCUCAUCCGCAUGGCAUGGGACAUACCUAUUCCAAUGAGCGACUGAGCAAUAGUUCAGAUAAUACCAACUUUCUCGUCCCUGACAAAUCGGAAAUCUCACCAAAUCCUCGUCCCUCUUCUCAUCCCACUAAUGACGGAGAUUCGACUUCCAAUGGCUCCCGCAAUGAAAGCCCCGCUGGUUUUACCGGUCGUCGCAAGAAACCAAUCGUCAAAACAAAUUACGCGUCUGCCACCCCUCCUGAUAUGAGUGCAAGACUGGCUGUGUCGACAAGCAGUGAAUCCUCGACUGACGAUGGCUCUGAGACUGACGAGGAAGAUCUGCCGUACUUGACUUUCGUCGAUCCGGUCGUUCCUGACUUUGUACCAAAAAUGUCAGACCUUUUGAACGUGAAGUAUAGCAACGCCGACCAGAACACAAUCUUUGAAACUGCCGAAGCUGCUAAUCGACUUGUUGGCGCUGACCCCGCCCCUAAAGAUAACACACUUCCUCGCACCCAAGCGCAGCGCAGGGCUUUCGUCAAGGCCGUGUUCAACGCGGUGAAAAGCACCGAGCAUGCGGAGGAUAAUCCGGGUAUGAUCAGACCGUUCGCGGAAGGCAAAUACUCGGACCGUCGAAUUGAAGUUUUGGCCUGGAAUAUUUUGCAUACUUGUGUUGUCCGCCAUACGACUGGAGCUCUGUUGGCGCCGUUCGAUGUGAAGAAAAAGGGGACCGCUGAAUUGUCCACUUUUGCUGACCGCAUGGCGAAGGUUAUUGAAUGCCUUACGUUUGUCGACGAUCCAGUCUCCUCUCAGAAGCGUGUCCUUGCAAACAAGAACCUCAACAAACGCAAAGGCGAUAUCAUGAACGCUGGCAAGCGAAUGAUGACCAAAUCUAGCAUCGCCGGCUCGCCACAGAGCAAAAUUGACGAUUCUUUCGCCAGCGAAACACCGUCGAGCUUCGGACCUCCCCAUGACAUGACUCCCUCCAGCACCCAGGACGUAAACGAUUCAGAGCAGACCAUAACCCCCGACGGAACCAUGACUGAAAGCAUGAUGGCACGCAGCUUCAACUCCACAGCCUCUCCUGCGGCUCGUCGCGCCUCGCUCAAUCUGGGACCGGGUGGUACUAUCACUCCUCACCACAUGCCCCGCAGUGCUCAACAGUCGUCUCCGUCUCCCGCUCCCAAGAGUGGCGCCGCUGCAGCUCAUAUCCGCAGAUUCCAUGAGCGUCGCUUGUCCAACCUCGUUGCUCAGCGUCGGGCCCAGAACGCUCGUACCCCGAGUCACUCUCGCAACAAUUCAAUCGAUGGCUCUCUGACUAUGAGCUUCUACGCUCCCGAAAAACACCAUUCUACAGCUGGAAGUAUGCCAGGAAGGCUCAGGUCUGAAUCUACGAGUACGACUGCUAGUCACAAGCGUCGCGCUUCUGAAGUGGACGAUGUCGAAGACAAUGCGUCUCCGAAAAAGCGACGUUGA